AUGGAAGACCUAAAGGAUGUGUACAUAAGUCCAUUGCCGGAUUCUCCGUACGUUAAACCAUUUCGAUUUAAUUAUACACAAAAUGGCAAAGAAAAGACGUGGGAUCUGCUGGAAGUUCACGACAGCGUCGCAAUCAUUGUUUUUAAUAUCACCAGAAGGGUGAUGGUGUUUGUUAAACAAUUUCGUCCCGCAAUCUACUACAAUUGCAUAAGCCCAGAAGAUCGUAAAAAAUCCACGAUAGACUCGACCAAGUAUCCGGCGUCUUUGGGCAUAGCCUUGGAGAUGUGUGCUGGUAUAAUAGACAAGGAUAAAUCUGUAGAACAUAUAGCUCAGGAGGAGGUGUUAGAGGAAUGUGGCUAUAAUGUACCCCUUGAAGGGUUGCAUAGAAUCACUUCUUACAGAUCUGGAGUUGGAGUACAGGGUGCUCUUCAGACUUUCUUCUAUUGUGAAGUAACAGAUGACAUGAAGACUGAACAAGGUGGUGGAGUAGAUGAUGAACUGAUAGAGGUAGUAGAGAAAACUAUUCCAGAAAUAGAGGAGAUGGUGAACUCGCCUGGCCCCAUCGCCAGCCCACCUAGCUGUCUGUUUGCUCUUAUGUGGUUCUUACACUACAAGGCAGACAAGUUUAGGAAGACCUACGAGCGUUACUGCGCACAGUGCAAAAAGCUGGAAGAA